GAGGAAAACUGAGCAACAGCCACGACUGUGGACGCGAGCGUCUCUGGUGUGCGCAUGCGCCCGCUCAGCGGCCUGCUUCUAUUUAUGUGGGGGAUCCAACAUGGCGGCCGCGGCGACCCUGGCGAUGGCGGUGGAGCCCAUCAGAACGUAGUAGCGGGGACGGGGACCCGGCCCGCACUCACGGUGGCGUCCGCGGGGUCAGCUGAGGGUGCCGGAGGGAAGAAAAGUGACGGAGAGCCGAAGGAAAGGCGGGCAGGCACGCCGAGCGGCGUCGAGGCGAGAGCCGGCUCGAGCGAGCGCCGAGGGCCAGAACAGUGGGGAUGGCGGAGCCGCGCAGAGUCGCGUUCAUUAGCCUGUCACCGGUGAGGCGACGCGAGGCCGACUUCGCGGGCGCCGAGCGCGAGCCCCCCCGACUGGAGCCGCAGCCGUACCGCGAGCCGGCCCGGGCGGAGCCGGCCCCCCGCGCUGACGCGCAGCCCCCGGCGCGCGACAAGCCGCUCCCCCAGCGCGAGGUCAGCCGCGCCGAGCCACCCAUGGCGCUGCAGCGCGAGCCCCCGCGGCCCGAGCCGCCGCCGCCGCCGCUGCCCCUGCAGGCUCCCCCUCCGCGGGAGUCAGCGGCUUCCCGGGCGGAGCCGCCGCCGCGACCGCCGAAGGAGACGGUUCGCCUGGAGCUGGUGCUCAAGGACCCCACGGACGAAAGCUGCGUGGAGUUCAGCUACCCGGAGCUGCUGCUGUGCGGAGAACAACGGAAGAAACUUGUUCAUACAGAAGAUCCAUUUACUGAUGAGCAUAAGGAGAGGCAAGAAGUGGAAAUGUUGGCUAAGAAGUUUGAAAUGAAAUAUGGUGGGAAAGCCCGUAAACACCGGAAGGAUCGGCUACAAGAUUUAAUUGAUAUAGGCUUUGGCUAUGAUGAGACAGAUCCAUUUAUUGAUAACUCAGAGGCUUAUGAUGAAUUAGUCCCUGCUUCUCUAACAACAAAAUAUGGAGGCUUCUAUAUCAACACUGGCACUCUGCAGUUUCGCCAAGCUUCAGAUACUGAAGAAGAUGAUUUUACAGAUAACCAAAAGCACAAGCCACCCAAGGUUCCCAAAAUAAAAGAUGAUGAUAUUGAAGUAAAGAAGCGGAAGCGGAAAGAGGAAGGGGAAAAAGAAAAGAAGCCAAGGAAAAAAGUGCCCAAACAAGUGGGAGUUGUGGCUCUCAAUUCACACAAAUCUGAAAAAAAGAAAAAGCGGUAUAAAGAUUCCCUUUCUCUGGCUGCCAUGAUACGAAAAUUUCAAAAAGAGAAGGAUGCAUUGAAGAAGGAAUCUACCCCUAAAGUCCAAGUGACCCCAUCAACUUCCUCUCUGCCUAAGCCCCCUUGUGCUGCAACAGCCCUGGGGGACGACAUCCCAGACUUAAGUCUGAACAGUGCUGAUCCAGACCUCCCUAUUUUUGUUAGCACAAAUGAACAUGAACUGUUUCAGGAAGCUGAAAAUGCCCUAGAGAUGCUAGAGGAUUUUGACUUUGACAGAUUACUGGAUGCUACUUCUGACGGAAGUCCCCUCUCUGAGUCAGGGGGAGAAAAUGGAAAUAACACCCAGCCCACCUUCCCCUCUCAGGUUGUGCCCAAGGUGGUGCCUACACUUCCAGAUGGCCUACCUGUGCUUCUUGAGAAACGCAUUGAGGACCUUCGUGUAGUAAGUGCUGCCAAACUUUUUGAUGAAGAAGGAAGGAAAAAAUUCUUUACACAAGAUAUGAAUAAUAUUCUUCUGGACAUCGAGUUACAGCUACAAGAACUAGGUCCUGUCAUUCGUAGUGGUGUCUACUCCCAUCUUGAAGCAUUUGUGCCAUGCAAUAAGGAAACACUGGUAAAACGUCUAAAGAAGUUACAUCUUAAUGUUCAGGAUGAUCGUUUAAGAGAACCUCUGCAGAAACUGAAGCUGGCUGUUAGCAACGUCAUGCCUGAACAGCUGUUUAAAUACCAGGAGGACUGCCAGGCUCGCAGUCAAGCCAAAUGUGCCAAGUUGCAAGCAGAUGAAGAACGGGAAAAAAAUGGAUCCGAUGAUGAUGAUGACGAAAAACCAGGGAAGCGAGUCAUAGGCCCACGAAAGAAAUUCCACUGGGAUGACACCAUCAGAACUUUGUUAUGUAACCUUGUUGAGAUCAAAUUGGGAUGCUAUGAAUUAGAGCCAAAUAAAAGCCAGUCUGCUGAGGAUUAUCUUAAAUCCUUCAUGGAGACAGAGGUGAAGCCACUGUGGCCUAAGGGCUGGAUGCAGGCAAGAAUGCUUUUUAAGGAAAGCCGGAGUGUACAUAAUCAUCUUACUUCUGCUCCGGCAAAGAAAAAGGUGAUUCCUGCAUCAAAACCCAAAGUCAAGGCGGUGAUGGUAAAGACCCUUCCUGGUCGUUCUUUCCCCACUAUGCUGAAGGAAUGUAGCCCCAAAAAAGACCCAAAAGUUCCUGCAUCCAUGGUGGCUUCAGGUGGUGGUCCUUCCACGAGCUCCAGCACAUCCAUCGUUGCCUCAGCCAGCUCUAGCUCAGCACUAGCCCAAGAAACCAUCUGCCUUGAUGACUCCCUGGAUGAAGACCUUGCUUUCCCCUCAGCCUCACUGGAUCUUGUAUCUGAAGCUUUAGCUGUCAUCAACAAUGGGAACAAGGGCCCCUCAGUUGGUUCAAGGCUAAAUGUGCCAACUACAAAACCUCGUCCAGGACUGAGAGAAGAAAAGCUAGCAAGUAUCAUGAGUAAGUUACCACUGGCUACUCCCAAAAAACUCGAUUCUACUCAGACCGCUCACUCACCAAGUCUUAUUGCUGGUCACACGGGACCAGUACCAAAGAAACCCCAGGAUCUAGCUCAUACUGGUAUUUCUUCAGGCCUUAUUGCUGGUUCUUCAAUUCAGAACCCUAAAGUUUCCUUAGAACCUUUGCCAGCCAGGCUACUCCAGCAAGGACUGCAAAGGUCAAGCCAGAUACAUGCUUCUUCCUCUUCACAGACUCAUGUCUCCUCCUCCCAAGCCCAAGCUGCUGCCUCCUCUCAUGCUCUGGGAACAUCAGAGGCCCAAGAUGCUUCUUCAUUAACACAAGUAACAAAGGUGCACCAGCACUCAGCUGUCCAGCAGAACUAUGUGUCUCCAUUACAAGCCACCAUUAGUAAGUCACAGACCAACCCAGUGGUGAAAUUAAGUAAUAACCCCCAACUUUCCUGUUCGUCCCAACUACUCAAGACUUCAGAUAAGCCACUGAUAUAUCGUCUCCCUUUGUCUACCCCAUCACCUGGAAAUGGUUCUCAGGGGCCUCACCCCCUGGUUUCUAGGACAGCACCGAGUACCACUACCUCCAGUAACUAUUUAGCCAAGGCUAUGGUGUCACAAAUCUCCACGCAGGGUUUCAAAUCUCCUUUCUCAAUGGCUGCAUCUCCCAAACUUGCCGCAUCUCCCAAACCUGCCACAUCUCCCAAACCUUUGCCCUCACCUAAGCCUUCUGUUUCACCCAAGCCCUCUCUGUCAGCUAAGCCUUCAAUAUCUACUAAACUGAUUUCUAAGUCCAACCCAACUCCCAAGCCUGCUGUAUGCCCAAGUUCUUCUAGUUCAAACACACUAGUAGCCCAGAGUAGCCACUCCACAAGCAACAACCCUGUCCAUAAACAGCCUAGUGGAAUGAACAUCAGCAGACAGUCUCCCACUCUGAAUUUGUUGCCCUCAAAUCGUACUUCUGGCCUUCCGACUACAAAAACUCUUCAGGCCCCUUCUAAACUAACAAACUCAUCAUCCACUGGAACUGUUGGGAAGAACAGCUUGAGUGGAAUCCCAAUGAAUGUACCUGCCAGCAGAGGUAGCAACCUUAACUCAAGUGGAGCUAAUAGGACUAGUCUAUCUGGGGGAACAGGAAGUGGAACACAGGGUGCUACUAAACCGUUGUCUACUCCACAUAGACCAACCUCUGCCUCAGGGUCUUCAGUGGUAACAGCCAGUGUGCAGUCCACAGCAGGAGCAUCAUUAUUGGCUAAUGCCUCACCUCUGACUCUCAUGACAUCACCUUUGUCUGUAACAAAUCAAACUGUGACUCCUUUUGGGAUGCUGGGUGGCCUUGUUCCAGUGACCAUGCCCUUCCAGUUUCCCUUGGAGCUACUUGGCUUUGGAACGGACACAGCUGGAGUGACAACCACCUCGGGAUCUACCUCAGCGGCUUUCCAUCACAGCCUAACUCAGAAUUUACUAAAGAGUUUACAGCCAGGAACUCAGCAUGCAGCAACCCUUUCCCACUCACCUCUGCCUACACACUUACAGCAAGCAUUUAACGAUGGAGGCCAAAGUAAAGGGGACACUAAGUUACCACGGAAACCUCAGUGACUUUCCAGCAAGCGAGAGAGGAACCACUUGGCUGGCUGGCGGGACCGACCUGAUGGGAAGUCUUGGUGGUCACAGGGCUGCUGUUUCUGUCGAUGUUUACAUUCUUGUCCCAAGCACUGUGGUGAGGAGGAAAAGAAAGAAAAUGUUACUUGAGGAAAGCCAGUGCAGGAGGAAGAAAUGCUUUUGUGCAAAGUUAGUGACCUUUGGUUUUUUAAAAUCAAAGUUCCCAUGUUAACCGACGUAAAACAGACUCAGCUGUCAAACCCACAGAAGUGUCAAUCUGACUUCAUAAAAAAAGGAAAGAAAUGAAAAAAAAAACUGGGGAAGAAAGAAGGAAGUUGAGAGGAUUUGGGUAAAUGGCCAUCCAUCCUGGGGGUUAGAUCUGAACACUCUACAUGUAAGAGCAUAAUAAAAGCAGCUACAGUAGAAUCAGCCCAGCUUGAGGAGGCCCAGUCAUGUCUGUUUAGUGGACAGAUUUGCCACAGUCAGUUGCAUGAGGCUCUCCAGACAGUAGUAGCCGAAGAGUACUGUACCCUGAAAUGUCCUGAGCAAACUUGAAUCUUCUCCAGUAUGUAGCAGGUCCCCGUGCAAGUCAGCGGACUGAAGAUGCUUCAGCAAAGUUGCUGUCACACAGUAAUAUAUAGUACUAUAGCUUCUAGAUUUGUAAAGUCGGGAAAAUGAGCCUGUGCUCUUAAGAGACAAAAUGUAGAUAAUUCCCUUUUUAUAAAAGGGUCGGUUUUACCCUCCAUUCAGAAGUAAAUACUGAACUCCUUUCCGCAGGUGACUUGUCAUCUGGUAUUGACUGGUUAAUAUUUAUUUCUAGUCCUGAUGCACAGAAGUGACUGCUCACGUUUUCUCCUGACGCGUGGGUCUUUGUUGCUGGGCUGCUGCUUUGCUGCUGUCUCCCUUGCAGCCUGCCUGCCAGGAACUGCAGACACCCAGUUCCUUACCUGCACAGUGCUCUUUCACUAGUGGUACUUCAGGUGACUAAAGCUGUUGAUAGAAACAGGAGUGUGCACAGCAUCUGUUUCUUCAUGGGUCAAACAAAUAGCAUAGAUAGAAUAAGAGGAUACUGUUUUUCAUUCUGCAGUGGUAUUUUUAAAGGGAUGAAUUCCAAUAGGAGUAUGGAUGUGCACAAGGGAUCACCUUUUAUAACUAUGACAAUGAAGCAUUAUGACCCAUAUCCAGGGAGCAUAGUUUGUUUUGAGCAUUUGGAAUAUUAAAAGUUACUAGAAUUUACUCAGAAUGUUACUAUCAAGUCAGCCUAUCAAGUCAGCCUACAGAUUUUAAGAUUCUUUAACUCUAGUUUUCAUAUGCAAAUAGAGGCACUGAAGGGUGUGAAGGAGAAAACCCCAGCUAUGUUUGUGUGUCCCUUGAAUUUUAAACCUCUGAGGAUUUUCAGACUAUCCAAGAAUAAGCUCUGAGUGAUACAACUUUAGUUUAUAUAUGGUGACAGACUAGCCUGGUAAUAAGAUUGCUUUUAUAGUCUCAUUACAUAUUACCCUGUAUCAUUAAGUUUAUUCCGAUAAGAGUGUUAACCAGACCCCAUUUUCCUUUGAUAAGCAGAAGUCCCAAGAAGCCUCUAGGACUAUAAUAACCAACCACAGACCUGCUCCAGUUUUUAUGCCUAUAAUUUGACUUCAAAGUCACAAUGGCAUGCUUAAUAGCAAAAAGUCAAUAAUUGAAAGCUUUAGUUCCAAGAACUCGUUACAGUAAAGGAAGAUGAUUGUUUAAAAGAGCUAUUGAAGUUGGGUAUGAUGGCCCAUGCUUGUAAUCCUAGCAUUCAGGAAGCGGAGGCAGGAAGAUCUCAGGUUUGAGGCCAGCCUGAAGUAAGUCCCAGGCAAGACUGUACUGGGCUAACAAUGAGACCCUGUCUCAACAAAGAAGAAAAAAGAAAAAAGGAAGAAAAAAGAAAGGAAUCAUUGGUAUAAUUCCUUGACCAUAGAAAUUUACUUUACCAGUAAAACAAAUACAGAGGCUAUGGAGGCCCCAGUAGAUAUUUUGGAAAGAUACUAGGAUGUUGCAGAGAGGUUUGACUUGAAUUUAGCAUGUUAAGGUUCAUUUGAAAGGUCUCUUAGAGAAACUUGCUCAGCUCUUGGCUUACACCAGCACCGGGUAACUUGGUUUCACAGGCCUGCUUAUGCUUCAUGGGUUGCUGUGCUGGGGUGUCUGUUGAGGAAGGCAGCCUAGUGCUUCAUUUUCUCUGCCCAGAGAGAAGUCCAUGUGUAUUAGUGUCUCUUCUUGCUGAUACUUGUAUAUUUGUGUAUUUGCAUACACAUACGCAUUCAUAUAAUCACUACUAAAAGUCAAUCGUAGGUUCUUAAAUCCAUCAAUUCUGAACCAUGCUAUAUGAAGACCCUUAAUGGUUCUUUGGCAUCAUUAGAAAAGAACAAAAUUUGUAAUUCUCUUUCCCAUGUCACUUUAUAAAAUUACCCUGGGCUCUGAGACUAUGCUGUGUAAAGUAUAUCCUGUUCCUGUCGGUCUUGACUCCUUAAGGACUGCUGCCAGAUCCCUACUCCAGCAACUCUUUCAUGUUAUACAAAUGAAUCAAAGUCCUUUCUAAAUGUAAAUACAUUUCUUUCUAUAUCAUAACAUUGAAAAUAGUGUCCAUACUUUAUGGUUACCUGUCUUUACAGUUUUUAUUACUAAACAAGCAUAUAAGUUGGUUAUUUUUUAACAGAGACUUGCAAUUCAUACUGUAUUUUUGCACUUAAAGUCAAAUUAUGUUAUUUUUAAAAUGGUAACUGGAAAGGAUAUCUGUAGAGCAAUGUGUAUCACUAAAGAAGGUUAGCAACAUCCAAAUGCAGAAGUGAAUCAGCACACGUAGGUCCCAUUCAGUGGGGUACUUGAUUCAGGAAGAUUAAACUGUCUGUUUCCAACUGUGUUCUAUUUGAAAUUGCCUUCGCUGAUGUAUAAGCUGUUACUGUACAUACAAGGUGAGCCUCAGUAUUCACAAGCAAUAACAAUCAGCAGACCUGCCCUUGGGCAGCGGUGCUGGACCACAGUUGGAGACUGUUUGGGAGCAAAGUGUCACGCUCAUUCAGAGCCUCCAAAGUAAAUGCAAGCAAUAAUUUCUAUUAAGAUUAAAUUAUAAUUCUUCUCAUGCUUCUGAGAACAAAGAGUGAGAAAUCAUGAUUUUAAAACAAUCUGGAGGAAAGAUUUGGGGAAAAGAAGCCAAGUUAAUCUAUAAUAACAGUGUCCUGAUACUUUGAGGAAAUCAAGAAGAUUCAAUUAGUACAUUCUUUCAUGCCCACCACCCCUUUGAUGGAUGUUAUUAGCCCAAAUUUUAUUGUUUUGUGUCAUAGACAACAAAUAAGGCUUAUUUGGGUCCCAACACUGGGGAAAGAACUGGGCAUAUAUCUUUAGGUAUAUAAACUGUGGGUUUGACACCUGCUUGGAAACAGCUUAUUGAAAGUGAUCUUAAUCCAGGAUAUUUUUUCCCAAAGCAGAUCUAAAUUGUUUACUAUGCAGAGAUGGAAAGGGUAGGCACCCCAUUCUCUCUCCUCUGGUUGUCCUCUCCUACAGCCCUUCCCACCUCUACUUGAUUCAAGACUUUCUGAAAUGAAAAUUCUACUGUUAUUGCAACUGCCAUUGGUUAUGAGAACUCUGUCCUUUGGGAACGUCUCUAGAACUCAUUGUCUGUCCUACUUGCUGCUACAUUUGGAAGAUGAUCUUUGCCUGUGUUGGUUGACUUUAACUGCUUUAUUUGUAGGAGAUUUUGUCAUGUCCUUUGAUCCCUGUGUAGAAGAACUAGGGUACUUUAUUUUAGGAGUGUACUAUAAAAGCACACUGGUCCUUGUAUUGUUAUGUAGGUUUUGAAUUUGUUUCCUUUGUUGGUUUUAGUUUUGUUUUAUUUUUCAAAUUGAAAAUAGAAGGAAGAAAAGUCUAUAGUCCAGGCCGGACUUGAGCACUGCCCUGUGUUUCAGCACGGUGCAUCUGCUGACCCACGUUCUCUGAAGGGCACUUUGACUUCUAGUUGUGCAUGUGCGGCUCUUUGUUUGGUUUUGCUUUCAGGGUGCUUUUGGUUUUGUAAAAACAAAGCAGAGAAAAGUACAGUAGUAGAUAAAUGAUCACAAACCUGUUAUGCAAUUUUAUUUUAUAAAGUUUUAAGGGAAAGUUUAACUCAUUGUAAAUAAGUUCUUAUCUCUGGUAAAAUGCUUAUAUUACUCUUCUAAACCAUGCUCAAUUCAGGCCUUUGUCUUUGUUAAGUGCCUUUUAUUUCUUUCUUUUUCUCCCUCUUUUAAACCUCUCAGACACCCUCAAGUACAGACUGAUUAAGUCGGGGGAUUCAGGAGAAAGAAUCUCAGACUUGCCAAAAUCAUGUCAUGUAAUAACUCUCUUCCUUGUACUUUGUGUGUGUGGACACAAGUAUGAGGUGGUUAUGCGCAGUGUGUACAAACCAGGAGCCGCUGUUCCAUGGCAGCCUUUCUAAGCACUGCCCUUUGACAUUUCACAACUUCUGCCUUGUUUAUCCCGUUGCUUUGAGUUGAUCCAGAUGGGCAGAUUGGGAAGUAGUCUUUGCACAUGAUGCUGGCUUCCCUUUCUGAAUAUCUGCAGAAGUUAAUAUAUGUGUGUAUAUAUAUAGGGCAUUAUAUAUAUAAAACAUAUGUGUUGGUUAUUGCAAACAUAAUAAACUCGGUGGACUCAUUGACUAUUUCUGGAUGUGAUCCACUUCUCUCUACCCCUCAAAUCUUUGAGAAGUAGUGUAUGAGAAAGCAUCAGGGUAGCAAGAGCAUCUUGUUGGUCAAGUUGAGAAGGUGCCCUGUGCAGACAAGAUUCAGAACAAAGAGGCUAGAGCUAGAACCAUGGGGUGGUGUCUGAAUACACUUUGAAGGAAGUUGGCACUCAUGUCAAUAUUAAAAGAUGUUUUCUUCUGGAAAAUGAUCUUGAAAUUAUAUAGCUGAAACUUCAGUAAACUUAGAUUUUUAGACAGUGAGGAAACACUCAUAUAAUCUGGACAUACUUGAGAAAUUUUCACUCUGUUUAUUGCCAGAUGAUCAGAUUUGCUCUGAUUUCAUGAUUGUUUAAAUGUCUUUCCUGAGCAAAAUAAAAUAACAUAACUUUCAGUAUCUAAGACUUGGGGGGGUGGGUUGCUUUGUUUCUGUUUUGUUUUUGUUUUUGUUUUUUUUUUUUAAGAUGUGACAUGUUGAAAGAGAUUAAGUUGAACUGAUCCUCUGUGUAUCUACAAAGGACCCCCCUUUUAAGUAAAAUUUUAGUUGGAAAAGGAGACUUGUGACUAAACGAAGAGGUUCCUGUAGCAGGCUGUUGUUAGCCAGCUUAGGAUCAAUAGUGAGUGUUAAUUCCUGAACUACUUUAUCUAGGGGGAAGUCAUUUAACCUUCGUGCCUCAGAUUACCCAUGAGACAUUUGGGUAUAAUAAUAAUCACCUACCUCCCAGGGAUAUCAGAGACUUUACUAUUUCAAAAAUAUUUUGUUUUUCUAAAACAUUCUAUAUAAUUAUAGUAUUAUCUUCCUGCAGAGGUUGAAAAAACAAAUGUUUUCCUUAUAGUAGAUAUAAAGAGCACCCUAUGGUCUUUAAGUUAAAAAAAAAUCACUGGAAUUUUAAUUUAGAUGUAUAUUUGAUAUUUAAACAUACCAUAUUUGUUGUGUGGUAUAAUUAUUAGUUUCAGAUUAAAUCAAAGGGGGAUGAACACUAAGUUUCUUAACUAACUACCAAUAGAUUUUUUUAAAGCUUUUAUGAUGUUAUUACUUGUGUGAUACUUCGCAAAGGUUGUGAAAGUAAUGUUAAAGUUUGAAUUACAGAUAAAUGAUCCUGAAAGUUUAAAGCCUCCCUUGUCUACCUUCUGAAUCUAAUUUCCUUGUAGUGCUUGCCUGGUGAUGGAAAACUAAUUUUUUACCUUUCUAAGAGUAAAUCAGAUACCUGUGUAUGACUCCUGCAUUAGUAGGAUUCUCCAUCUUUGCCCAGGGGGUGGGCAGGCCUACACUGGGGCAGCUGUACUUUCUUUAAACUUUGUAUUUCAUGCUUCUUCAGCCAGAGCCAUCAACUGUUCAGGUUGUAGUAAAAUAGGAGGAAGAAAGACAGGAUUCACUCCCUAGCUAAAGCAGUGGUAAAGAUGGUCAGGAUAGAAGGAAAUAUGAUUUCCCUAGCUCCUGGGAAGAAAUUAGGAUCAUUUUAUCUCGCCCGCCAUUCAUGCACACUAAGUAGUAAUGCAUAACAUUUUUCUCUUUAAAACAAUAACAACAGGAACAAAUAGAUGCUACAGUUUUUGUUGGGGCUGAGUAGUGCAUGUGAAAGCGUGUGUGUGUGUGUGUGUGUGUGUGUGUGUGUGUGUGUGUGAGAGAGAGAGAGAGAGAGAGAGAGAAAGAGAGAGAGAGAGAGAGAGAGAGAGAGAGAGAGAGAGAGAGAGAGAGAGAGAUACAGCACAUAUUCAGGGUCAGAGAGAGUGGAGUGCAGGGUGUCAAGGAGCAGUUACCCAGCUCAGGUGAGUUAGGAGGUAGCACUGGGCUGAAGCAGCCAGCAUAUCUGGGCUGACCCAGAACUGGCUCAGACCUAGUCAUUCUCUAGUCCUUGUAAAAUCACUUUGGGGUUUUUUGUUGAUUUUUUUUUUUCUCUCCAGUAGCCUCUGAAUAUCAGCAAUACAUAUAAACAUAUGUUUCAUUUUCCACAUUAUAUUCUUAUUCAUUCUUCAAUAACAAAUGUUAAGAUUAACCCAAAGUAAUAAGAUUUAGGGUUUUUGUUGAAUGUGUGUGUUUCCUCUGGGGAAGAGUAACAGCAGCCUAGAAGAGCUAUCAUCUGUGUUCACCUGCCCUAAAAAUGUGAGCUUUGUAUAAAACACUAGCUGAAGAGCCUUUUGCCUGUGCAGACCCAGUCAACAUGGUGGGAUGUGUUUGGCUUUCAUGAUAAAGUCACCUCAGUAUAAUACUGAGAAGUUUAGAUUAGUGUUCAGGUUGACAGAGCUGCAAACUUGCGUUGGGCUCUGAUUAAAAAUAGCUUCGACUGUUAAUGUUGAAUUUGUCUUCAUUUCUUGCGGUCCUCACUCUUGUUCCACUACAGUAUAAGUUGCCUGUUGCUAGCUCUAGGGAGGAAAGGUAAAUUGUUUCCACAUCUUCUUCUCCCUCACUUUGUAUCGACCCUCAAUCCUCAUCAAAUAAAUGCAAAGAUCGUAUAGAGGAGAGUUGACAUCUUAGCGGAGGCCAGAAGCACAGACUACCUUUAGAGUUUAGUGGGAAUACCUUUCAGUAGCCUGAUGCUAAGUGACACUUUUCUUAUGCACACUCAAAGUAGUAAGGUGGCUAUUUGUAAUCUCCUUGUGCUGUGAUGUUUCUACUUGUCUGUCUUUCCUAUGAAUUUCCAUUUCAUAGCAGUUAGUAUUCAAACUUUGUAUACUUUUUACACUGCUACUCAAACUAGUCAGUGACAUGUUUUGAAGUUUUUAUGUUACAAAUUAAGGUUCUGUACAUAGUUCAGAACUUGGGGGUCACUGAUGACUAGGAUUUUUUUCUCUUUUCAUUUAUAUUAAAAAGUAGAUUUCAUAGGCUGAGAGUAUAUGUCAGUGUUGGGACUCUUGCCCAGCAUGUGCAUAGGCUGGAGAUCCAUACACAGCAGUGCAAAAUAACAAUAAAUAGAUCUCAUUUUCACAUAGCCUGGUAAUACAGUAUUUCAGAAGAAAUAACAGAUCUUCAUUAGGGGCUCAUAACAGUCUUGCCUGUUUUCAUACCUCCCCUACAACAGAGAGCUCUUUUGCCAGGGUCUGAGCCAACCAGAUCAUCGAAUCCUAAAUUAGGACCUAAUUUUAGGUUCCUCAGAAAAACCAUUUUUUUUGCCCCCACUUUGCUAUAGUAUUCUGUUUUGUUUAGUUUUGUUUUGUUUUGCUAAAUCUGGUUGUUAGAUGCUUAUUAAUAGAGCUCAGCUCUUGUUAGAAUACAGUUAAGGUUAUUUAUCUGAGAUAACACGAGAGUCAGCAGCUCCAUCUAUCUUCAAAGUCCAUUUAGGAGUCAAUAGUAGUCAAAACUAGCCACUGUGUGUGUGUGUGAUAAUCUGUGCUUAAAAUUUCACAACCAUAUUGUAUUUUCUGUCCUUGUAACCAUAGACUUUCCUCCUGUUAUACUUAUCUGUACUGUUUACAGAAACAUUAUGCUCUAUCAGAAAAUUCACUGGCAAAAUUACCAAGGACUUGCCCAAUUUUGGCUAGUAAUAUAAGAAGAAAAAUAUAUUUUUCUCAGCGAAGGUAUUUGUUUUAAAUAGAAAGUUGAGCCAAGUUUUGUUCAGCUUUCUUGACAUUUCGGCUCUGAUUUUAUCAUAGAUUGCAUGUACGCUUUGACAUGUGACCAUUAGGGACCCUCUCCCAGUUAAGAUUGGCUUUCCUCCCACACGGCUUUCAGGGAAGAGAGCCAAGCUUUUCAGUGACCUGUUCUCAGUGGCCUGUUGUCAGCUGUCUUUGAAAGACUAUCUUAUCCUAGAAGAUGCUGGCAUGUUCAACUGUUCUUGGAGGAGAGUGUGCUAGUUUGACCCUCCUCAUCGUGUCUCUUGUCUUGUUAAAUUCGUCAGACUUCAAGGAGAGGAAGAGAAAUCUCUGGCUGGUGAAUUUUGUACCCCAAAUAAGGAACUUAAGUCUAACCAAGGUGACUAAGAGAUGGGUGUUUUCUCUCUCUACUUGUGAGCAAGGUUUAUUUAUGGUUGUAAGACUUACCAUGAAACCGCAGACCUAUUUGCUGUACCUGAAAAACCCAAGUCUGAAUUUUAGUCUGAUUAAGCACAGAUUUCUAACCUAUGGUAAAAGUUUAGAUAAGGAGAGACUUUUGUUUAGUAGCAGAAGGAAAAACAAUUAUUUAUACAGUGAGUGUCGACCCCAAAAUGCCGCAUCCCACUAGGGAAACAGCUCCUCCUCUUUAGUCACUUCCACCCUACAUAGAUGCUGCCAUGUUUGCAAGCCAGCCUCCAAGAAAGGAGCCUGAGGAGCUGGUGGUCCUUUAGGGGAGAGGCCCAGUUACUGUGUGCAUCUGCUUGUAGCAAGGUGCGUUUGCUAACUUGAAGGAAUAUAUGCUGUACUUCAAAUAAGUGUGUGACUUAAUACUUUGGGAUUUUUUUUUCCCCUCUAAAACUGGACCUGAACACAGCUUUGAGUUGGUAUUUGUAAUAAUCUCAGGACCUGAAAGAUUGUAGCAUUUAGUGUGUCUUAAAAAUUAUGUACUGUACCAGCCAUGGAGUUUUGUAAAUAUACCUGUCUCUCUUUUUUGUAUUAUUUUAGUAAACAAUAAAUAAAUAAAUAAUAAAUAAAUAAAUUUAA